GUUUCAGGUCUGUCAACCCUGUCUGUGUCCACGAACUAUCACACGCACUUAUUUUAAAAAGUAUACAAGGAAAUAGGGCUGCACGAUAAAUCGUUAUAAAAUCGCGAUCUCGAUUCACCCCCGUGUCGAAUUAAGUUUUCAAUUAAUCGAUUUAUUCGAUUCCCUUUUUUUAUGAGCUUAAAACAAUAGGUCCAUGGUUUAAAAGCACUCCCAAGCGCGCUCUCCCUUCUAGGUUCUGAGAAGGGCUUCACCCUCAGCCAAUGACGGAGCGCCUUUUAGUCACGUGUUUCACUCGUUGCGCAGCGGAGAGCGAAGUAGUUCGGAAAGCUAGCUAGUGCGAGUGCGACAUGAGAUAAACAGUGAAGACAAAAUGGAUGUUGAUGAUGAGGACCCAGCUACUAGCGGCGCGAAUCAGCCAACCUCUCAGACGCAAACAGAACUCAUUCCAAAAAAAGGCUUGCAUUCGGUGUUGUGGAAGUAUUUUGGCUUUAAGCAAAACGACGAGAGUCGGUCUAGAGUGAUUUGUAAGACAUGCUUUGCGAUCGUUGCAGCACCGCAAAGUAACACGACUAAUCUAUACCAGCACCUCAAUCGUCACCACAAAGUGCCAUAUGAUGAAGCUGUACAAGGCAAGAAGAAGUCUGAUAGUCGUCCAACAACAACACAGACAUCCAUUACUGACACCUUGCACAAGGCAACCCCAUACCCACAUAACUCCAGUAGGAGUAAGGAAAUAAUGGACGCAAUUGCUUACCAUCUAGCAAAGGAUAUGGUUCCAAUAAACACCGUAGCACAUGACGGCUUUCAAAAGAUGAUCCAUACAUUGGACAAACGCUACACAAUUCCGUCCCGCAACUAAAAAUGUGAGGGCUGCGGUCGAGGCAGAAGUACAAGAAGCAGAUUAUUUUGCAGCAACGACUAAUUUAUGGUCCAGCCGAACCAUGGAACCGUACCUGAGCCUAACUGUCCAAUUCAUAGCGACUGAUUUCACCAUGAGAAGCAAGUGCCUACAGACUGCUUAUUUCCCUGAAGACCACAAAGAGAUCUUGGCACAGGGACUGAAGGAUGCCCUAGCAUCAAAAUAUUCCCAGAAAGCUGGAAAACUGCAAUUAUUACCCCUGUUUAUAAAUCAGGAGACAAGGACAUAGCGAGUAAUUAUAGGCCUAUUGCUAUCCUCCCUGUUGUCUCAAAGGUUCUGGAGAAAAUUAUAGCUGAGCAACUAAUGGAACAUCUAGAGUCUAACCAGCUGCUUCAUCCACAGCAGUUUGGGUUUAGACAGAAAUACUCAACUGAAACAGCUAAUUGUUAUUGCUUGAAAACAUAAAAGCUUCAAUGGAUAAAGGAAAUGUUGUUGGGGCAGUGUUCCUAGACCUAAAAAAAGCCUUUGACACGGUAAACCACAGUACUCUAAUGAACAAGUUAAAAUCGUUCAAAAUGUCAUCAGAAGCUCUGCAGUGGUUUGCAUCUUACCUGAAGGGGAGAGAGCAAUGUGUCGGGGUCAAUGGGGUCAGGUCCCAUCUGCGUGCCAACAGCAUAUGUGUACCGCAAGGGUCUGUACUUGGUCCACUGUUGUUUUCUAUGUAUAUCAAUGACCUACCAAACUGCUGUCCGGGGUCCAACUGUCAAAUGUAUGCUGAUGACACUGUUAUCCAUGUGUCCAGUAAAACAUCCAGCUUAGCAGGUGAGCACCUGACACAAGCAUUACUCAGCAUUUCAAAAUGGCUUGAGCUGUCUCAGUUGACCAUUAAUGUGAAGAAAACCGUCUUUGUGCUUCUCCAUCCGUAAUAGGCCUAUCACCGAUGUUUUCGAGGUACGGAUCGUAAAUGAAGUAAAAUAUCUGGGCAUCAUCCUGGAUCAGAAUUUAAAAUUUGUUACGCAAAUUAAGUAUGUUGCAAAAAAGGUAAAACUAAAUCUAAACUGUUUCCGUUUCAUAAGAAGGGACUUGUCAUGUCAAACGGCCAAAUUAUUUAUGCACGCUAUGAUAUUUUCUCAUUUGUCAUACUGUAUCACAUCAUUGUCACAAGCUUCUUCUACUGCAUUAAAACCUAUCUUUUCAAUAUACAAACAGACAAUAAAAGUCAUGGACCGGAAACCCAUGAGAUGGCAUCAUUGCGGCAUUCUAAAAAAACACAACCUUUUCACCUUGGAUAACUUUAUUAAUUUUAGUAAUCUUCAAUUGUUUUUCAAGUGUGUAAAUAACCAUGUGUCACCACUGUUGUCUGAAUUGGCCAUCAGACGUCAGAGCUCUCGUCGGGCAAAUACACGAUCCUCCAUCAAUGGUGAUUGUCUUGUUCCCAUGUACAGGACAUCUUUCGGUCAGUCUGUCUUCUCUGCAAAGGGGGCAAAACUAUGGAACCUCUUGCCCACUAGUCUAAAACUAGAGACUAACAGCAACACUUUUAACAGAGAACUUAAACAACGGCUCAAAUCAAAUCAACAGUGCUCCCACAAAUAAUUUACAACUGGUUUAUUGUUUGAUCAUGCUGCCUUUGUUUUUCUCUACGUAGCCUAUAUAUAUAUAUAUAUUCGACUCAUUAUAUUGCUGCUCUGUACUCUACUGUAUACUGCAUUUUUACUCUUUUUAAUUAUCACUAUCAGUUUUUUAUCAGUAUUUGAUCUUGUUUCUGUCUUGUUUAGUUUCUUUUGUUGUUUUCAAAAAGCCUCCUGUGGACAGGUGUUGUAAACUAGCAUUUAUGCUAAUACACUGUAAACAAUGCAUCUGGUUCGUCCAAUGACAUUGUCAUGUCCAUGUCCAAAUAAAAUCUACUAUACUACUAUAGCAUCUUGGAGUUUGGAAGAGGAUACAAUGGCAUGUAUAACUACAGACAAUGGAUCAAACAUAGUGAAGGCUAUCUCCAUCAACCACUGUUCCAGACUCCAAUGUUUUGGCCAUAGGCUACAUCUGGCAAUUGGUGAGUUGUUACUCUACUUGUUCUACUACUUGUUGCUACUCUAGUUAAUCUAAUACUAAUAAUAAUUAGGGCUGUCAAGCUAUCAAAAAAAAGAAUCAAAUGAAUUACAGGCUCUGUGAUUAAUUAAUCUAAAUUAAUCACAUGCUUACAAUUUUUGCAAGAAAGUAUGUCAAAAUAAACGAAUUCAAAUAAAUUAUGGCAGAUAAGUAAUUCAAUGAAUACUAAAAAAUAUAUACAAUACUUUGUUUUGACUCCAUAGCACUAUAGAGGUGCGAUUAAUCUGUGUUCAUUUAAUUUGUUAUUUGAUUAAUUAGUGAUUAAUUAAUCAAAAUUAAUGCGUUAAUUUGAUAUAAUGAUUACAUAAAUAAUGUUAUUCGUGAUACUACAGACUAAUGGCUUGUGUUGUACUCAUUCCGAUUUGUUGUAUUUUUCUUUUAGAAAAUGAUGUGAAAGAUCCACGAAUUGACCGUGUCACAGGCAGAAAGAUUGUGAGCACUUUCAGUCACAGCUGGCUACGGAGGAGAAACCUUGCCAUUGCCCAGAAAGAGUUCAAACUCCCUGAGCAUCAACUGAAAACUGAGUGCCCAACAAGAUGGGGAUCGAGACAAGAGAUGAUUCAGAGGAUCCUGGAACAGCUUCCAGCCAUCUCACAGAUCCUCAAUGAUCAAAAACUUAGACAUCUAGUGCCUACAUGGCAGGACAUAGAAGUCAUUGAGGCAAUGAACAACACCCUAAGUCCUCUGGCUGAAUUCACCGAUGCGCUCUCUGGAGAACUAUAUGUCAGCAUAUCCUCUGUGAAGCCGGUUCUCCACCUUUUUGAAAUCUCUGUUUUGGCUGUGCAAGAUGAUGACACACAAUUCACAAAAUCAGUGAAGUCAAACAUCCUGAAAUAUCUACAAGAGAAGUACAGUGAUCCCCAAACUCAGGAUCUACUCGACAUGGCCACAACCCUCGUUCCUAGGUUCAAGAUUAACUACAUCAGUGAGGAGAAGAAAGCCACUGUUAGAGCAAGGCUGACAGACGAGAUGACUGGCAUAACUGUAGUUAUGCCAAAUGCCUCCCCAGCACCCCCCAUGAAGAAGGGCCGAAAGACCCUUGGAAGUUUCUUCAAAACAGCACAAGGCAAUGACGAGUCCUCUUCUCUAGAGCAAGCAGUGUCCACAGAGCUGGAAGCAUAUCUUCUGGGAUGCAAGAUCGACAGUGAAGAUGACCCCUUAAUCUGGUGGGGGCAAAAUAGAUCUGUAUAUCCACGGUUGUCUGUGUUGGUGAAGAAAUACCUAUGCAUUCCAGUUACCAGCUCACCUUCUGAGCGGCUGUUCAGUACAGGGGGCAACAUUGUGACAUGCCACCGUGCAUCACUAAAGCCAGAGCAUGUGGACAGACUUGUGUUUCUGGCCAGGAAUCUUUAAGUGCCAUGUUCAGGGUCACAUAUAGGGUCAUAUGAGAGGCCUAUGUUCCAAAGAAAAGAUUUGUGUUUUAUUGAUGCUUAUUUAUGUUAAAGUUAAAGUUGGUACAGUAUACUCGUUUUUGAUACUGCACUUUUUUGUUGUCAUGGUUCAUGCGUGCAAUAAAAAAAAAUAAAAAAAAAGGUUUUUGUUAUCUGUGAGAAAAAAAUCGUGGCAGAAAAUCUAUUCAAAUAAAAAAAAUCGUGAUUCACAUUUUUACCUGAAUCGUGCAGCCCUACAAGGAAAGCAAAAAAUUGCAUUGGCAUACCCAAAGCUAGUUAGCCAAGCCUGAACCAAACUCUGGAAAAACUUCUCUUGUAGGCUCUAUCCUUUUCUCUUGCUUGUUGGGUCAUGUUCACUUCUGGCUUUUCUGCACUGAGUUCUUUUACUUGCAAUUUUUCUGCAAAUGCUCUUCUUUCGAAGGGAUUUAUAAGCAAAGACUUAACUGAAUUUGGGGCUAGCUGAACUCACAGGGAAACGGUGGUAGCAGUACUGAAAGUCGCCAUCUUGCUGAUCUCUGAGGUAACGUUGAACAUGUAAGUGAAUGAAGAUUUAAUGAUGGGGGAUUCAAAAGAUAUUCUAAAGUAAAGGCAUUAUUCUAUUUUAAUGCAUUAAUCUAUUUUAAUGCAAUUAAAAUAGAUUAUGAUGGCCGGUCGGCGGUCAUAAUCUAUGGCCGGUUAUGAUCCAAUAAUUGCGAACAAUUAUUGGAUCAUUCUUAUAAUUGACAUUUCUCUGGGCCAAUCGGAAUCUCAGCACUUGCUUCAGAAUCUUUCUUAUAAUUGACAUUUCUCUGGGUCAAUCGGAAUCUUGAAGCACACAGCGCCAACUGAGCUCGCCAUUGGAUGAGGCGGUCGCCUGGCUACCGCGCAUGCGCAUCCGCAUGCGCAUGCAAUCGGCCAAACAACGCAAGAGAGCUUGCGAAACACUCGUCUAGAGGGGUGUUCCACAAACGGAGGUUUAACAAACACUUGAGUUAACGCUGAACUCUAGGUUGAUUUACCCAGUGCCGAAUAACCCAGAGUUUUCGGUUCCACAGCAGCGGUUAUGCAUUAGUUCAACCAACUCGGGGUUGGUUAACACAGGGUUCUGCGCGUCACCGCCAAACCUAAAAAGACGUGAUGUAUGGAUCAUGGAAACCCUGAUCGAAAUGGCGAAACGGGCCGCUUAUUUCAAUGAAAUGGAACUUCAGGUUCUCCUGGGGAGCUAUGACGAGGAGAAGGACAUUAUCACAAGAAAAGGGAACGCUAAAGCCUCUGCAACCCGGAGAACCAAAGCCUGGCAGCGGACCGCUGACCGCGUAAAUGCGUUAGUUACACGUCAAAAGCAUGAUCGUUAAUAUUCAAGCCAUGAAUAUAUAAAUAUCCCAGUUAAGCAUUCUUAAAGAUCCUACCACAUAACCCCUUUCUUCUAAAAAAUAAUAUGUACUCCGAUGGCUUCCAAGCAGUCAGCGGAUCAAGUAUAACAAUGAAGUAUAAAAAACAUACAAACUGAUAAGCUUUUCCCACCAUCGUAUUGGUAUAAAUUUAAAUAAGCAAUUUUUUUAAGCCAAUCGUGAAAAGGCCGACAGUUGGCAGAUGGAUCUGGCCCUCAAAUUGUCUUGACCCCGGUGGAGGAGCUGUUAAUAAACAUAAAUUCAGGGCGCCCUGGCAUGGAGGGGGUACCUGGAGGUACCUACCUCCUCAGAGUCAGGGGCCAUACCCCACUGGUUGAAUGUAGGUUUUUGUGUUUUCUUGUAUUUUAGAUAUUUUUUGCCUUCGAAGUAACACAUGCAAACCAUGUGCUUGCCACCGCGCAUACUAUUGUUUCUUUUUUUGGUAACUGGGUAGAAAACCUAAAAGUGACAAUUCAUCAACUUCACAGAAUAAUAAUUGUUUUUGUCUCUCCAAUAAUAAGUAAAAAUAAUAAUAAUAAAAAAAUUGUGACAGUUGUAAAUAAAAUAUUUUUUAUAAGCCUCAAGGAUGUUUUGACAUUGAUUUUUGAUAAAGUAUGCUGAGUUUUGUUAAGUCACGCUCAGACUAGUGUCAUUUGUAUAUUACAAUAAAAAAAAAAUCCCCCCGUGACACUGUCACCUUUUUUCCUCUGAGGAGUUUGCAGGUCUGAAUAAUACUGCUGUAGCAGUGAGUAAAAAUGUAAAGUUUCCCUGUCGGGGAAUUGAACCCCUGUAUCCCGCAUGACGGGCGGGGUUACUGACCACUAUACUAACGAGGAGUCAUUCUGCUACUGAGACCAGCAAUUGACUAAGUACCGUAUUGGUCCGAAUAUAAGACGACCCUGAUUAUAAGACGACCCCCCGUUUUUCAACACAAACAUUUAGAAAAAAAGAUUUGCAGACCAGAUUUGCAGAACAAAGAACAGUGAAUUAAACACUUGUUAUAUUAAUGACAAUAAUAUAAUGCCAGUAAAGGCCACGGCACUUUCAAGGCAAAAUAUGUACAGUAUGAUUCAAAAUUAAUAUCAAGCAAUAAUCAAGCAACAUUGGGAACAUUUUUAAAUAACAUAGAAAAAUACAGGCCACAUAUUUAACUAAACUUAACUAAAAUUCGCCAAACUUCUCCUCCGAUCUCUCUAUCGCUCACACACGUCCUCUGCCCCACUGUGUUUGCUCUCGCUGUCAUCGCUCCCCAGCUGCUCCGCUUCCACCGGCUCCGCCCAAAGCGCGUUUUCUCUGACGUAUUCAAAAACUCUCCGGUCAACCUCACUGAAACGGCCACUUUGAGGACCACGGACCGUGGUAAAGUUAGUUUUACAUUGGACGUUGGAUAUUCGACACAUUCGAAAAGUCUAUUUAGCACUGGCUUCGAUGGACGAAUUUGUGUCAAACCAACUUAGAUGUGU